UACUCCCUCUAUGUAUUUUGUUGCUUUUCUCUCUCUCUCUCUCUCUCUCCCUCUCUCUCUCUCUAAAACUCUUUCCUGGUUUACCCAAGACUGACUUCGUUCCGCCGGCAUUGACUGGAUACCUCCGGCGGCCAACUCCGGCCACAUGAGACAGCCAGAGAUCGGGUAGGUGCAGGGAAUUGGCAGAGGGGAUGAACAAGGGUUUACUGAUAUAACCAGGAAAUUUCGGCAAAUUCACCCAUGCUUUAGGUUUUGGGGGGCAAAACUAGAGGUUUCAUAAUGGAAUCUCUAGGUUUGAGAACACAGUAAGUUUCGAAAAGAUUCGAUUUCUAGGGUUUUCGAUGAAUUCGAGGAUGGAUUAUGGGAGAGGUUUUGUAAACCCACCGGAAAAUGAAGUCCGGAUUAGGGCUCCAUGGAUGCCUCAAACCCCAGGAAAUCCAAUUAUUUCAAGAUCGAAUGGAAAUGGUGUGCCUGUUGGACGGCAUGUGAUCAAUGAACCAGUAAUAACAAAUUUUCAGGAUUUGAUUGGAUGUUCCGAUCAACAAUUUCAACAGCACAUGAAUUACAAUGCAACCCGGGAAAAUUUCGGCACAAUCGGAUUCAUGGGUCAAAAUGAUUGUUCUUAUGAUUUGGGAGUUCAACAAGCCCAGCAGGGGGGCUCUAACCAGAGGGUCGGAUCCUAUAAUUUGGGAGUUCAACAAGCUCAACAGGGGGGUUCUAACCAGAGGGUCGGAUCCUAUAAUUUGGGAGUUCAACAAGUCCAACAAGGGGGUUCUAACCAGAGGGUCGGAUCCUAUAAUUUGGGAGUUCAACAAGCUCAACCGGGGGGUUUGAACCAGAGGGUCGGAUCCUAUACUGAUAACUUUGGUAAUGACAGUGCAGUUUGCUAUAAUAAUCCUUUGGCGGAAGUAUUUACAAAGAAGAGCGCUGCUUCUAUGGCCUCUGCAAAUGGAGCAUUUAGCCGAAAUAUGCCGUCAGAAAAUAUUCUUCCGACGAUUCUGAAUUCUUACACCCAAGUUGAUAGUAGUUGGACAGAAGGCAACUUCACUAGCUUGCUACUUGGAAGCGAAAAUCCUAACUUGGAUUCCAACCACUUGAUCAUGGCUAACAAAUCAACGCAGAUGCCAGGGGAUGGGUUUCCUGUCCCUUUCCGUCCCAACUAUAAUCUAAACUCGCCACCAAGGUCCGAAGCUGAUGCAACUUCAAGCACAACCAAUUCCUUCCCAUUCGCACCAGUAACACCAGAUCAUGCAAAGCAGUUUGAAAACCAUCGUCGCUCUGUAAUGCUGAGUUUUUCUGUAGAUGAAAGCUCAAGUCAAGAGAAAGACAAGCUAGAGAAUUUAUUGUCAUCUAGCGAAGCCAUUGAGGACCAUUGCACUGGACUUUUACGAAACAUUGUGGACUCAUCAUCUGCUGCUGUAUCUACGUCGUUGAUGGAAAAGAACAAUCUUGUUGGAGGGGAUCAGGGAAUCGACUUGAACAAGACGCCCCAGUUGAAACCACCAAAAAGGAGAAAACACAGACCAAAGGUAGUCGUGGAAGGCAAGCCUAGAAGGACUCCAAAGCCCAAACCUCCGAUGGACUCCAACUCCAAGGAAACCCCAUCAGGUAAGAGGAAGUAUGUUCGCAAAAAGCCAAUCGUGACAAAGGAAGAGCCUAAAGAAAAGUCGUGCAAGAUGAAGUUGAAUUUUGACUUGGAAAACGACGAAAAUGCUGAAAUGCAGGUCAAAGCAGAUAAUCUCCCGGAAAAAAUCAAUCAAGUUAAUCCAGCAGAUUUUAACUUGAAUUUGGAUUCUCAUACAACCAAAUUAUGCACUAGAAUCAACGGUGUUGGAGCAGAAGCAUCAGAGAUAAGGGUGCAGAAUGGAAAAACAUUUACCCAUAAUCAUCCUAUGAACCAAAUGCCAGCAGAAAGAAUACCAUUGCCAGAGAGACAUUCCACUUCUGCCUCACCAGCUGCAAUCAAACACCACACUUUGAAUGCUCUUGCAAGAAGUCUGAGCAUGAGAAAUGGGAGUCCCUAUCAAAAUAGUGACAAGAACGGAUGCAGUCACGAGCAUCGACAUCUCCAAACAGAAUUCAACAGAAAUGUAUCCCAAAAACAGCAAAAUACCUGCAUAAAUCCAGAGGAAACAAGGCAGAUGAUGUGGCACAGUACCCCUCAAAUAGUAGCUUUAAACUCGACCAAUUCCAAUGAAAGAAGAGGGUUGAAACGGGAAUAUCGCAACAGAAUUAUGCAGGCGGGUUUCGCUUCUUACAGUCAGAUGGGUUCUCCAUUUUUGCGCCGGGGUAUAUAUCAGGUUCAUGACCAUAACACUAACAGCCACAAUUUUGGCACCAGUUCAGAAACUCAAAAGAAGAGGAGAAUGGAAUUUCCCAUAACAGAAAGCAGGAACACCGUCUAUGCAAAUAGUUAUACCUUUAACGGUAGAAUAUCAGACGCGAAUUUUGGAGGUGACAAAACCUCCACCAAGUUAAUGAAUGGGGUCAAUAGUAAUAGUGGUGGCGGGCAGUCUCAUUGCAUGACAUCUGCGCAUAAUUUACAGAAGCACAUUCGAGCAUCUGAGUUGCAUCCUAACACACAAAGUACGGCACAGAAAAAACUCAAUGGAUUAACUUAUGUCCACGAUAUGACCUCCCUAAUAAUGAUGGCCAACCCCCACCUGCUGUCAUCAACUCUUUCCAAAAAAGGCCCUUUUACAUAUAGUUUUGAGCAAGGAGUUGAAACUUCUCAGGCGAAGAGGUCUGUGAAUGGGCUCCAAAUGGCAUCGACUUCAUUCAGCCUUGUCUCGCAUGAUUAUCGACAAUCCUCCAUGAAAACAAGAGGCCAACCAGGACAACAGCAAUACUUGGAUGCCAUUCAUGAAAUCACAUGCAGACUACAAGGGCUAAAUAUCACUGGUUUGAGCAAGGAUAAUCAUAGGCGAGAGCAAAAUGCAAUUGUUCCGUACAAAGGAGAUGGCGCAAUGGUUCCGUAUGAAGGGUUUGAUAAUAUCAAGAAACGCAAGCCACGUCCUAAAGUGGACCUUGACCCGGAGACAAAUAGGAUAUGGCAGCUAUUAAUGGGGAAGGAAGGAAGUGAGGGGGCUGAAGCAGGAGACAAGAACAAAGAAAAAUGGUGGGAAGAAGAAAGGAAAGUUUUCUGUGGACGAGCAGACUCGUUCAUUGCACGCAUGCAUCUUGUUCAAGGAGAUCGACGUUUCUCACGGUGGAAAGGAUCAGUUGUUGACUCAGUAAUCGGAGUGUUCCUCACCCAGAAUGUUUCAGACCAUCUUUCAAGCUCUGCUUUCAUGUCUCUUGCAGCGAGAUUUCCCCUCCAGUCAAAAACUGCAGACCCAGAAUGCUACAAAAGCGGAACAACUGUAUCGGCUAAAGAACCAGAGAUUCAGACGCUAUUCCCAAAUGGCACCAUCAAAUGGUAUGAUACAAUACCAAGGCAACCCCUGUACAACCAUGCAUCUGUACAGUAUCAUGAAACAUCAGAAUCCAGAAUAGGAGAUCCUACUUCAGGAACUGGAAGAACAAGUCUAGCGACUGAACACAACAGAAUAGGGGAUGCAAGCUUAAGUUCAUCACAAAAUUCUUCAGAAUUUUUCAGCCUUGAAGUCAAUAAAGGAGUCCAGUCCUACACAGGGUCCAACUCGGAAGCAGAAGAUUCAAGACGCAAAAGCCAAGCUAACUUGAUUAAUGGUCCUCCGACUCUUCCACAUAUGAGAACAUCCCCAUUCCAGGAACUUCAAAGCCCUGUAAAUGGGAGAUUACACUUUGAUGAGAGGUCCACACAUUUGCACAAGCAAUCAGCACACAUAAACUACAAUUGGCAAAUCCCAGGAUUGGACAUUGUCAAUACAAUGAAAAGCCCUGCCUCCUCAACCCACCCAAUGAAUUCUAACGUUUCCGAACACAAGCAAGGUCCAAAUCCCCCCACCUAUUUUCAAACGCACAUGACACAAAACUUGGCAGCACAGGGAGUAGGCCAUCUUAGAAUAUUCACUGAAGAAUCCAUGUCUUCUUUGCGUUCAACUCCUUCUGGAGUUACCAACGGAAAAGAGAGAGAUUAUGCGAGUAGGACAGGACAUACUACAGAAAAAACCUUUGUUGAACAGAAUGGAGUGCCAAUGAUGCAGGCACCAACAUUUGGCCAUUUUUCUCAGAAUGGACAAGGUCAUUUUUCUCUCAGCACUCAUCAACAAGAAAGGUCAACGACCUUCCACUCGGAAAGCGCAUCGGCUAAAGAGCCUGUACGACCUACUGAAACAGUUGCUAUGGGGCAAAGUGAUACCAGGCAUCAACUUCCUAAGGACCCUCAGAAUAGAUCAAAAGCUUUUGGUGCGGAGAAGGGAAUUAACUCAAGUUAUAAGCAAAAGUUCCAAGAGACAAAAAUAGUUGAAGCAAAUGCAAAAGAUGAACCGUAUUCUUCUGGCAAGACAACCACUGGCAUGAGUACAAAUAUGUCAAAUGCAAGAAAAGCAAAGCGUGAGGAUGAAAAAAGGAACUCAUUUGACUGGGAUAGCUUGAGAAAGCUGGUGGAGCCCAAUGGUAGAAAGAACAGAAGCAAGGAGGCAAUGGAUUCCCUGGACUACGAAGCAAUUCGAUGUGCAGAUGUCAGUGAGAUUUCUAAUGCUAUCAAAGAAAGAGGAAUGAACAACAUGCUGGCAGAACGGAUACAGGAUUUCCUUAACCGACUUGUUAAAGAUCAUGGAAGCAUUGACCUUGAGUGGUUGAGGGAUGUUCCUCCAGACAAGGCAAAAGAUUAUCUUCUAAGUAUAUGGGGAUUGGGCUUAAAAAGUGUGGAGUGUGUGCGGCUGUUAACUCUUCAUCAUCUUGCAUUCCCGGUUGACACAAAUGUCGGAAGGAUAGCUGUGAGACUGGGAUGGGUCCCUCUCCAACCACUUCCUGAAUCGCUUCAACUCCAUCUUCUGGAAUUAUAUCCAAUGCUGGAGACAAUUCAGAAAUAUCUGUGGCCCAGACUAUGCAAGCUGGAUCAGCGAACAUUGUACGAACUACAUUACCAGAUGAUAACAUUUGGAAAGGUUUUCUGCACAAAGAGCAAACCAAACUGUAAUGCAUGUCCAAUGAGAGGAGAGUGCAGACACUUUGCAAGUGCUUUUGCAAGUGCAAGGCUUGCCCUCCCAGGUCCAGAAGAGAAAAGUAUAGUGAGUUCAACUCCUCCUGCUGCCACUGACAAAAGCGCUACAAUAGGAAUCAGGCCCAUGCCAUUAUUAACAGCUGGUAGAAAUGAACCGAAAGAGAUCGGAUCAGUUUUGAGAAACUGUGAACCCAUUGUCGAGGAACCAGCAACACCAGAACCAGAAACUGCAGAAGUAACAGUAAGUGACAUCGAAGAUGCGUUUUAUGAGGAUCCUGACGAAAUUCCUACAAUCAAACUCAACCUUGAAGAGUUCACGCUGAAUCUACAUAACUAUGUGCAAGAAAAUAUGGAACUGCAAGAGGGAGAUAUGUCCAAAGCUUUAGUUGCUUUGAAUCCACAAGCUGCUUCCAUCCCUACACAGAAACUGAAGAAUGUGAGUCGACUACGAACAGAGCACCAAGUGUACGAACUUCCAGAUUCACACCCUCUGCUAAAUGGGCUGGAUAAACGAGAACCUGAUGAUCCAAGCCCAUACCUGCUUGCUAUAUGGACACCAGGUGAAACAGCGAAUUCAGUCCAACUACCAGAAGGAAGGUGUGGGUCUCAAGAAUCAGGCAAACUCUGCAAUGAGAAAACGUGCUUCUCAUGCAAUAGUAUGAGAGAAGCAAAUGCACACACAGUUAGAGGGACAAUCUUGAUUCCAUGUAGAACAGCAAUGAGGGGGAGCUUUCCGCUAAAUGGCACUUACUUCCAAGUUAAUGAGAUGUUUGCAGAUCAUGAAUCCAGUCUUAACCCAAUUGAUGUUCCAAGGGCAUGGAUAUGGAAUUUGCCAAGACGUACAGUUUACUUUGGGACCUCUGUAACAACAAUUUUCAAAGGCCUAACAACAGAGGGAAUUCAAUACUGCUUUUGGAGAGGAUUUGUGUGUGUGAGGGGAUUUGACCAUAGAACAAGGGCACCUCGACCUCUCAUGGCCAGACUGCACUUCCCUGCAAGCAAGUUGGCCAAGACAAAAAAUGAAGACAAAUAAAAAGGUGGUGUAAUGCAGAGAAGAGUGCCAAAAGGUGCUAACCGAGUCUCAGUACAGGGAGAAAAAUUCAUUGCCUAGCUUGAACACAACCAGGGACUAACACAUUGUUGUACAUACAAUUGUUCCUUCUCUAACAUGAGAUGCAUUCACAUAUAAUCCAGGCAGCAGAAAUAAGGAAAACAAAAUUAGGUCAUUUUCUGAGAUCCCCUACAGCUAGGAAUUCAUUUGUAUUUAACAUUAUAAUUGUUCCAAAUUAAUGCUCGAAAAUGAGCAUUCAUUCAAAUGAUAAGCCAGUCAUAAAGGAGUAGAAGGUGAAGAAGAA